ACGAUAACGACAGUCCACAAUAACAAAUACCAAGUCUCAUCAUCCAAACAAUGGAACCUUUCUAACACAUACCAAAACUUUCUUUUUUCAGCUUUUCGUCUUUCAGCCAUUUCGUCGAACACUUCAUCUGCAACAGGUAAUCCACCUUUAAUCAUUCCACUUUCACACUUCUCAACAAUCGAAUCUUCCCCCCAAUACAACAAUUCCACACACAUGCAGGCACAAUCUUUUCUCGUUUGAUCAAAAUUGAGGUUCUAACUUUUUUCCAAUUUGUUGAAUUCUACUGAUUUUCACAAUGCCUCCGACUUAUUUUCCUCUGCGGUGGGAGAGCACUGGAGACCAGUGGUGGUACGCGUCCCCGAUCGAUUGGGCAGCCGCCAACGGCCACUACGAUUUAGUCCGCGAGCUUCUGCGGUUAGACAGUAACCACCUGAUCAAACUAUCAUCACUUAGGCGUAUACGCCGCCUCGAGGUUGUUUGGGAUGACGAAGAACAGUUUGAUGACGUGGCAAAGAACCGUUCGUCAGUCGUGCAAAAACUGUUACACGAAGGUGAUGCGAAAAAGGGGAAGAACUCGCUGAUCGGGUCGGGUUAUGGAGGCUGGCUGCUGUACACUGCUGCAUCGGCUGGUGACUUUGAUUUCGUUCAAGAAUUGCUGCAUAAAGACCCGCUUUUGGUGUUCGGUGAAGGGGAGUAUGGUGUGACGGAUAUAUUAUACGCUGCUGCGAGGGGUAAGAACACUGAGGUGUUUCGGUUGAUUUAUGAUCUUGCAAUGUCUCCUAGGUUUAUGUGUGGUAAUGGCAGAGAAUUCGAAGACCAUAUUGGGGAAAUUCCGCCUGCUUAUAAGCAGGAAAUGAAGAACCGAGCGGUUCAUGCGUUGGCAAGAGGUGGUAAUUUGAGUAUUUUGAAGGAGGUUCUUGGUGAUUGUUGUGAUGAAAAGGUUCUGGGUUAUAGAGAUAUUCAUGGGUCAACUAUCUUGCACACAGCAGCGGGACGAGGACAAGUCGAGGUGGUUAAAUAUCUGGUCUCUACAUAUGAUAUCAUAAACUCCACCGACAAACAAGGCAAUACACCACUACACGUCGCAGCUUGCAGAGGCCACAUCUCCGUGGUUGACUUUUUGGUCAAAGCAUCACCGUCAUCUGUACAUACCAAAAACAAUACAGGCGAGACGUUUUUACACACCGCCAUUACCGGUUUCCAAACACCAACGUUCAGAAGACUCGACCGCCAGAUCGUCCUCAUGAAACAACUAGUCUGCUCAAAAUCAUUCAAUAUUGAAGAUAUCAUAAACGCUACGAAUAACGAAGGAAGAACGCCUCUUCAUCUAGCCAUUCACGGCAACAUUGAUAGUGAUCUAGUGGAAUUGAUCAUGUCCGUUCGUUCAAUCAACGUUAAUAAACGCGAUAAUUACGGUAUGACCCCGCUUGAUCUUCUCAAACAUGGGCCCGUUUCGUCUUCGUCAGAAAUCCUCAUGCGACAACUCGUUUCGGCUGGCGCGAUUUUUAGUAAUCCGGAUUAUUAUUCUGCUAGAAAAGUUCUUGCUAAUCAUUUGAGAAAAGGGAGUGCGGGUGGAAGCCCGGGAACGACGUUUAGUGUUUCCGAUUCCGAGAUAUUCUUGUACUCCGGAAUCGAGACGUCUCCUGGGACACCAACGUUGACGAUGAAUGCUGCGGGCCCGGGCCCGAGCACCAGCCCGAGAUUAGAAAGGAAGAGUUCGAACAAGAAGAAACAUAAAGGGAUAAAACGAUUCCUACGGUGGGCGAAAAUGAAAAAAACCAGAGAUUCGGGCCCCGCCCCGACAACGGAGAAGGAGACUCGGGUUUCUCUAAGGCAGAGAUACUCUAAACCCGGGUCGCCUCCAAACAACAAAAGAACACUUGCUGCUAGGAGUAACAAUGCUAGUCCAACUGCAAAGAAGAAACUUGCUUCGGGUUUCGUGAACGGAGUAAUGCAAGCGAUGCCACAUAUGAACCGGCGGUCGCGUUCUAAUUCGUUCUCGAGAUCGUCCGUGUCUUCACUCAAUUCACAUAUGGGUGUUGAUGUUGUGAGCGGGUCUGGCUCAAACCCGGUGUUCGAUGACGGAGUUGCUAGUUCUUCAAAUAAAGAACAAGGUGUCGUGCACAGCAGGAAGUCGGUGAAUCAGUACUUUUGUUUCGGCGGGUCCAAACUACCUGUGGAACCCACGGGUUGUGAUGAAAUGCAACAGCACGAGAUCUAUGAUCGUUACGUUCUAUCAACGGCUUAAAAAGAUUUAGUGUGUGUUAAGCGGUUAAUUCUGUAGCUUGUAAUCUUAUUUUCCCUUGAUGUAUAAGGUUGUUUAUUUAGCUUUGAUAAUGAACUUGACCUUGUUUGAAUGCAAUGUUUUGUUGCAUUUGUAGUUUCAUAUUUAUUGGAUGUCAAUUUAAAUCAAA